AUGCCCUCCAAAAUCCUGACAGACCUGGCGCCAGAGCUCCUCAUUCAAAUCCUCAAAUCGUCAGACAAUUUCGCAGAUGUCACCUCACUCAGUAGCAGCUCUCGCAAGAUGUUCAUCGUAUGGAAGAUGAACAUCGACACAAUCUGCGAGGCCAUUCUUCCACGUACUAUCGACUGCUUCGAACAAGCAUGCGGACUGCUAGCUGCCCAGGAGAGAGCCGAAGGCGAAGAGCACUCAGUCUUUGGCUAUCAAUCCGCAGUCGACCGCACGAGAUGGGUUCUCCAGGACGCCGAUUUGGCUGCUAGGGCUCUUGUUCACUUUGAGAAGCAUGCAUUUUACUACUGUUCCUUAGCGGCAGACCGAUCGUUUGGACGAGACACGUUAUCCGCCACGGAACGGACAGAGUUCCUACGGGCUCACUACCGCGCUUCAACGUUAGCAACACUUUCAAAAGAGCCAUUACCGAGUGGGUUGCUGUCUACUUGGAACCUUCUUGACCUUGAACAAGUGAAAGACGUGGUCGAGUGGAUCGUCAUCUACGGCGAUCAAGAUGAAAAGCUCGAUCUAGGUCUAGGCUACUGUGACCAUGGUCUUGGUCGGCAGGCCACUGGCGGCAGGCCAUCAUUGAACGACUGGAAAAAGGUCCAAGGCUCUCUAGCCUACCUCAAAAUGGACUUGUACGGAUUACAACUCAAGACAAACAUGGAGCGUCACUUCCGUUUUCUAUUCAAUUCCUUCUUGAUCUAUGAUGACUGCCGGCCGGACUUCAAGUACAGCAGAGGCGAGUGGUUGCAAGAUCUUCUACCACUGGUGCAACAACAAGGGAUUCAUUGCAACAUCAGGUACAAGCUCUCAGAGGCAUGA